CAUAAUUUUUUUUACGGGAUGGGACUUGGGAUCAAGAUGUUUUACAACGGGUACCCGUACUACCCGCACUCCUCCAUUCAUCGAUUCUUCUGCUACCUUGGCUCUCUCCUUCCAUUAACUCAAUCCCUGAAGAGAGAGGAAGAGCAUGUUGUCAUCCGGCGAUGCCAUUGGAGGAGAUGAAGAAAAUGGUAGUUGGGUAAAGGAUUCGAAGUCACGCAAGCUCAACUCCAGGAAUUCUGAUGCAGAUUUGAUGAAGGAGAAGUUCGCAAAAUUGUUGCCUGGAGGAGACAUGUCAGGUUCUGGGAGAGGGGUUUCCACAGCUAUGGCUAUCUCCAAUGUUAUUACCAAUUCCAAUAUCAGUGGUAAGGCUCUCUCCUUCUCCCAUGGUGUAUGUAAAUCUCAACUCAAUGUUGACAUAUGAUACGACUCCUUUUACGUGAGAUUUUCAUGGGUACCCGCGGGUACCCGUUAUCCGUCCCGUACGGGUAAUGGGUACCCGUUAACCCGUACGGGUUGGGACAUGGGAUGGAAUUUUCUCUUCAAAUGGGAUUGGGUACCCGUUUCAAACGGGACGGGUAUCCGGUCCCGUCCCGUUGCCCACCCCUAAUCGCAUCAGAUGCGCGCGGGGGCACUCGCCUGUUCUCCUAUGGAACACCACUGAGCGUCACAGCAUUGUGAUGACCGAGAUGCUCACCUCAAAGUUCUUGGCCACAACUUGAGGGUUAUUGGAUGUUGGACCUCAUGUCCUCGGCCUUAUCGGUCCAGUUCUCUCUCAUAGUCUGCUCCUCAGGGACAACCGCCCCAGCAGCAUAGGGUUCGCCCAUUUCUUCUUCGCUCUCAGACCCGUCAGCGAUAACAACCUUAUCCAAGUGCUUCUCCAUAGCAAGUAUUGGUUUGAGUGCUCAGAGCUGGCAACAAAUACGUUCAAUUUCUAAGUCUAAUAGAUGUAGAUCUCCCAACUAAAUAUGGGUCAUACAUUACCUUCACACAGACUGCAGACAGAACCCGUGAAGGCAAGCAGGGGAAGGAAAACAGAUGCAAAAAAGUAAUGCUAAAGUAACAACGUUCACGUUUAUACAAUAAGCUAGAGUUCCCCGGCAACGACGCCAAAACUUGACUCGCUAAGACACAACACCAAACUGCGACCAAGUGUAAUCGUAGAAUGGAAACGCGAUAUAGUGGGAUCAAGUUAUAAAAGUCAACCCAGAGCCUAGAUGUACUUCCUACAUCGUGAUUAUCUAUUAUCUAUCGGGGAAAUCGAGUGAGAAUGAGUUGAAACUAAAGCAGAAAGAAAGCAGUAAAUGGUACGGUUUUCUGAAGCAAAAGAAGAGUCACUCGGGAAUGAGUCUCCCAAGCUCCAUAGUUAGGUUCAAGUUGUAAUUACCUUUGGUUGAUACACUGUUGAUUAGACUGCAGAAGAUCCGAAAAUAGCUUGGAAUCUCUUAAGCUGACCAAGCCCUCUUAGACAGACUAUUCGGCACGUGACUAGCCUUCACCGGGAUAGAAUGCUAAGACGAUUCACACAAAUCUCCACUACUGGAAACGAACUCCAAUACAAAGAAGUAAAUUGACUGACUCUCGUACAAUCAAUUCACUCCUAUCGGUUAAAGAAGCUAUAACAACCUCAUUAGAUUCUAUCUAUCAUAGGUUGAAGCAGAAAUCAAGAGAAGUUGAUCAGGAUUCAGUUGACUCAAUAAACACACUUCAAUCUAUUAAAAUCAAUCAGUAUAUCAUCCAAAAAGUCAGUGCAGUCAAAAUCGCGCAUUAAAAUGUAAAAACUUAAGUUUUUAUGUAUCCAGGCCACCAAAACGUUUCAGUUUCUACCUAAAGUCGAUUAGUCACAAAAAAUGGUAAAAAUAUGGAUAAAAUCGGUGAAAUCGCGAUUAUGAAGCGUUUUUAUAUGAUUUUGAUCAUCUCAUAAAAAAUGUGCUAAUUGGCCCAAAAUGAUGUAAUUUUGGAGACAUAUCAGCAAAAAAUAAAAAAAGGAAAACAUGAUUCAUCACUCGUUCUACAACUAGUGCUAAUUGAAAAGACACCUAAUGGUAUUCUCAAUAGCCGCUGACCUUCUAUCAGUCUUCUCCCUUAAUCUUCACCUGUGGCUUAUACCAAGGUUACGAUAAAAUUUUAUGGGUAAU